AUGUCGUACUCCGGCACUAGGAAUGUGGACAUGAGCCGGUCCGAAUCCGACCUGGUCAUCAACAUCAAGAAAGCCACCAACAUCGAGGAGACUGCUCCGAAACGGAAACAUGUCCGCUCAUGUAUCGUCUACACGUGGGACCACAAGUCGUCGCAGUCGUUCUGGGCCGGCAUGAAAGUGCAGCCCAUCAUGGCCGACGAAGUGCAGACAUUCAAAGCAUUGAUCACGGUACACAAGGUGCUGCAGGAGGGACAUCCAGUAUCGAUCAGGGAGGCCCAAUUCCACGCGGGAUGGAUCGAGACUCUUGGAAGGGGAGUUAUCGGGGAUGGCAUUCGCGGUUACGGUCCCUUGAUCCGCGAGUACAUCCAUUUCCUGCGCGCGAAGCUACAGUUCCAUCGGUAUCACCCCGAAUUCAACGGAUUAUUCGAGUACGAGGAAUACAUCAGUCUGAAAUCCACCAACGAUCCGAACGAGGGUUAUGAGACGAUUUCGGAUCUUAUGACUCUACAGGAUCAGAUCGAGACGUUCCAGAAGCUCGUGUUUUCUCACUUCCGCCAUGGAAUGAACAAUGAAUGCCGCAUCUCGUCGUUGGUACCACUGGUGCAGGAGAGUUACGGUAUCUACAAAUUCAUCACCAGCAUGCUGAGGGCUAUGCACAUCAUCACUACUGGCGAUGAUGAGGCUUUGGCUCCCCUACGGCAGCGGUACGAGGGUCAGCACCACAGAUUGGUCCGCUUCUACUACGAGUGUUCAAGCGUGCGGUACUUGACAAGUCUUAUCACCAUACCGCGACUUCCUCAGGAUCCGCCGAACUUGACGAGCGAAGAAGACGCGCCUCCGACACUCCCGAAGCGACCCGUCGCCCCGAAGGAGACCCCCGCACCUACGCCCCCGCCCCCUCCUCCACCCGCCGCACCAGAGCCCGAGUCAAUAGACGACUUCUGGUCGAACGCCCAAGCUAUUGAAGACCAUAAUGCGGAGCAGGAGCGACUGCGUCAACAGCGGGAAUUGGAACAGCAGCAACAGAUGGCAAUGCUGAUGCAGCAGCAGCAAGAUUUCGAGGAACAGCAGCGGAUGCUGGCCGAGCAGCAGAGGUUAGCCGAGCAGCAGUUGAUCAGGGACCAGUAUGCGAGGCAGGCCCAGGGUCACGUUGCGGAACUCGAAAGACAGUUGUUGGACCUGCAGGGACAACAGAAUAACAACCGCCUUCUACUCGAGUCGUACGAUAAUAAAGUGAAGGCCCUAGAAAAUGAGAUUUCUAACCUCAAUCUCAACAGCCAGCAACUUCAUGAAUCGAAGGAGAGUCUCAUCCAGUCUCUCACAGCGCAGGCCAAUUUGUGGAAGAGCAAGUACGAUGCUCUCGCCAAGAUUUACUCUCAACUUCGGCACGAGCACCUGGACCUCCUGGGCAAGUUCAAGCAGCUGCAGCUCAAGGCGUCCUCCGCCCAGGAAGCCAUCGAUAAGCGGGAGAAGCUGGAGCGGGAGAUGAAGAGCAAGAACUUGGAGUUGGCCGAUAUGAUCCGAGAGAGAGAUCGUGCUCUUUACGAUCUGGACCGCGUCAAAGGGUCCCAAAAAGAUGAGGUCGAGACUCUGAAGCGCGAGCUCCGAAUGGCCGAGGAGAAAUCCAACAACCAGGACAGCAGCAAGGGUAGGGAGCUCUCCGCGAUGCUUUCCCGGCACAACCGUGAGAUGGCGGAUCUCGAGGAGUUGCUGCGAUCCAAGCAGCGGCAGAUCGAUGAUCUCAACUCUCGCACCUCCGAUCUUAGUGAGGAUCUCAAGAGACAGCUUAAGGAUAAGGAGGAGGAGCUUGAGGUCUACAAGGCUGGAAUGGAUCAAGUUUUGUUGGAGGUCAACGAGCAGAAGAUGGCUGCAGGACAGGAACCCAAGAUGGACGAUGAACUCAUGGAUACCCUGCUUCUCGAGCAUCUGAAGAGGCUGCACGAGAUCAUUGAUUCCGUUCUUCAGAGUGGUGUCCAGCGCAUCGAUGAUGCCCUCUACGAACUUGAAUCUCCCAUGAACGCCGGGAACCAGAAUGCCACCGCCGGUUAUCUGUUGUCUCAAAUAGAAAAGGCCGCCUUCAGUGCCACCGAAUUCGCGACCACGUUCAACAACUUCAUUGCGGAUGGCCCUAGCAGUCACCAGUCCCUGAUCAUCAAGAAUGUUACCACUUUUUCCAGCGCCAUUGCCGACGUUCUCUUCAACUCGAAGGGAGUAACGCGAUUCAUCUCCGAUGAGAGGAAAAUAGAGACGCUGAUCUCGGCAGCCCGCCAAUCUGCCGAUUACGGGAUUAAGUUCUUCCAGAACCUGCAGUCGUUCCGUCUCGACGAUCUGAGCGCCGAUCAGAAGGCGGACAUCGUCAUCACCAACAACUUGGAGGUCCAGGCCAGCCUGCAGAAGUUGACUAAGCUCACCGAGCAGUACGUCGGCACGGGCAGCAAGAUCACGGAUGUCAAGAAGGAUAUCGGUGAGCAUGUUGACAGCGAGUUGGGUAAGGCUGCCGCGGCUAUCGAGGCUGCCGCUGCUCGUCUGGCGCAGCUUCAGAAUAAGUCGAAGGAUGGCUAUUCGACCUACGAGUUGAGGAUCCAUGAGUCUAUUCUGGAAGCCGCUAUCGCCGUCACCAAUGCUAUCGCUCAACUCAUCAAGGCCGCUACGAUAUCGCAGCAAGAGAUUGUGGCCAAGGGCAAAGGAGGAAGUUCGCGCGCGGCUUUCUACAAGCGCAACAACCGGUGGACGGAAGGUCUCAUCUCGGCUUCGAAGGCUGUCGCUUCGUCGACGAACAUGUUGAUCGAGACUGCCGACGGUGUCAUCAGCGGACGCAACAAGCUCGAGCAGAUGAUCGUCGCAUCGAACGAAGUUGCAGCCUCGACGGCGCAGUUGGUAGCCGCAUCGCGUGUCAAGGCGGACUUCAUGUCCAAAUCGCAAGAGCGGCUGGAGGGCGCGUCCAAGGCCGUCACCUACGCCUGCAAAUCGCUCGUUCGCCAGGUCCAGAGUAUCAUCGCUGCAAAGAACCGUGAGGAGGGUGACGAUGACAACUGGGCGGAACUCAGCGGCCACGAGUUCAAGGUCCAAGAGAUGGAGCAGCAAGUCGAAAUCCUCCAGCUCGAGAACAAGCUCAACGCGGCCCGAAUGCGGCUGGGAGAGAUGCGCAAGCACUCGUAUGCCCAGCAGGACGAGGACUAG